CAAAGCAUGCUUUGGUUUACUCUUUGGACCGCGGCAGACGACAGAAUGCUAAAUUUUAGUGCUUUGAAAUGUUAUUUAUCAGUUACGCACGCUGGUAGCUAAUCUUAUCUGAUCUCGAAAGAGUUUUGAUGUCAUGUACAUUUUUAAAACUUCGAUGACUCUGGGACACUUCGCAAUUUUUCGCUUUCAAAAAGUGCUGUGUAAUUUUACAAAUUUCGAUUGAUGUUUUGACUGAUUGUCUCUAAAAAUAUUUACAUCAGAUUGUUCAUGUUCUCGUACGGGUAAAAUUUUUAGUUUAGGUUCUCAUAACUGAACUUUUUAUUUACCCCUAGUCCAAAAACUUAUUUUACUAUGGAUUCCGAAAGAAAUGGUGUGCCUUAUUCUCACAGUGGUGACAAGGAACAAGAUGAGAAACUUCUCCAACCAUUUACAUACAUUCUUCAAGUACCUGGAAAGCAGAUUAGAGGAAAAUUAGCCCACGCAUUUAAUUACUGGCUUAAAAUACCCGUUGAAAAACUUCAAGCAGUAGGUGAUAUCACCCAAAUGUUACACAACUCUAGUCUUUUAAUAGAUGAUAUUCAAGAUAACUCCAUACUUAGAAGAGGUAUCCCAGUUGCCCAUUCCAUUUAUGGAGUUGCCAGUACAAUUAAUGCUGCUAAUUAUGUAUUAUUUAUUGCUUUAGAAAGAGUCAUUGCACUUAAUCAUUCUGAGGCUACUCAAGUGUACACGGAACAACUUUUAGAAUUGCAUAGAGGUCAAGGUAUGGAAAUUUAUUGGAGAGAUAAUUUCAUUUGUCCUUCAGAAGCUGAAUACAGGACUAUGACAAUUCGGAAAACUGGGGGAUUAUUCAAUUUAGCAGUUCGUUUAAUGCAACUAUUUUCACCCAACAAAGAAGAUUUUACACCUUUAGCGGGUAUUUUAGGAUUGUAUUUUCAAAUUCGCGAUGAUUACUGUAAUUUAUGCUUACAAGAGUAUGCAGAAAACAAGAGUUACUGUGAAGAUCUUUCUGAAGGAAAAUUCAGUUUUCCAAUUAUUCAUGCUAUUCAAACCCAUGCUGAUGAUGGUCAAGUUUUAAACAUUCUCCGUCAAAGAACCAAAAAUAUUGAAGUAAAGAGAUACUGCGUUACUUUAUUAGAUAAAUUUGGUUCAUUUGCAUACACAAGAAAAGUAUUAAGUGAUCUUGACAAACAAGCUCGAGAAGAAGUAAGUAGACUUGGCGGGAAUCCAUAUUUAAUAAAUGUAUUGGAUGAUUUAUUAACUUGGAAGCAAGAGAAAAGUAUGAAUAAUGAACAUGUGUGUAGUUGAUUUACAACUAUCUUUUUACAAUUGUAAAAUCAUAUAAAUAUUCAUUCAUAUUCUUUGAAAAAUUAUACGCAUUUAUACGAUUUAUGAUUAGAAUUUAAUAUAUCAAACUUAAGCUCUAAUUUAGAGCAUAAUGAUACAACUUUAAAGUCUUAUAUAAUUUUAUGGUUUAUACAAAUUAUAAAUCAAUAAUAUUUUUAUGUAU